AAUUUGAUUUCAAUUUAAUUUCAAUUUCAACAUUUGACUACUUGUUAGAAAGGUUAGGUAGAAUUAAAAUUUUCGCAAAAUAUUCUUUAUACUUUAUAAAUAUUCGUAGAAAUGAUUUAUAUAUCAAGACUUUAAAAGAAUAUUUACAUUUGAAAUCAUUAGAUAAAAUGGAAACAGAAGAUGACGACGAAGAUGGAGAUCCAGAUUUUCGUUCAAGAAAUUACCACGAAAAUUGGGAAUAUCAUCUAUCUUCAUUUUUAAUGACCUGUCAAAAUGUUGAAGAAAUUAAAGUGAUUCUAGAUUUAAAGAUCGAAAACUUUUCCUAUCAAAAAGUUUUCGAAACUGCCGUUGAUGAAGAUAACUUUUUAGUUUUUAAAUUCAUCAUGGACAACUAUAAAAAUUUUAGAGAACAAGACCUUUAUUUGGAACCUUUAGACCUUUAUUCAAUUUUUGAAUCCCAACUCUACUUUUUAAAAUAUGCAGUCGAAAAUCAUCCUGACCAAGUAGAACUCUUUUUCAGUCACUAUUGCCCAGAACCCGAUCAUUUCCAUUGGUUCACCGAUUUUAAAAUAGCAGAAUUAUUAAUGAAACAUUUUCCAAAAUACUUUUUUAUAAAUCUUUCUGUUUGUGUAAAACUUGUGCAAUACCGUAAUUUUAAUGUCUUCAGAUAUUAUCAUCAAAAAGGAUAUUUAAAUAAUGUCGAUUUCAAUGAUGAUUUUUUUUCUUUAGUUAAAUAUUCAAAAGAUUUCAAAAAUUUCGAAUUUUGUUGAAAAUAAAUAAUAAAAAUUUUAAAUAUUAUUAUGUU